AUGGAGACAUCCAAAGCCUCGUCUUGGUGGACUGUUGAGUUGAAUGAGCGAUUUGUAGAGCUUGGAGGACCAGACGAGGCCACACCAAAGAUCACAUUGAAAAUCAUGGGAGUUGAGGGUCUUACUCUUUACCAUCUUAAGAGCCAUCUUCAGAGAUUUGCAUUUAACCUGCGAGGUAUUGUCCGCUUUGAUCCGAAGGUCUCACGGUUCAGAAACACGAAACACCUUCAAAUGAGGAUUGAUGAUCAAGGAAUAUAUAUGCAGACAAAACUGGAGAAAGCAGCUGCACAAACACUUUCUGAGGAAAUUCCAAACUCUCAAUGCUACAAAUAUUUUGAAACCGCUUAUAUGGAAAAACAGUGGAAGAAUAUAAACAUUAAGAACCUUGAGAGUCCCAUGGUUAUUUGGUCUGAUGAUUUACAGCCCGAUGAUAUUGUAAUAGCAACUCCUGAUUUUCAUUCAGAUGGAGAUUCUUUCAAAGAUGACCACCUUUGA